GUAUCAUUUUAUCUCUAUUUUAGCCAUGUGGCUACCAUAUCCAGGGGUCUUCAGUCUUUUGGGUAGAUCCAGAUUUCCACAAGGUCUCAUCCCUCUGCCGUCUGAAGCUUUUAGAACAGUUCCUGUAGCACUACUUGCGGGGAAGGUCCGCUGGUGACGAAUUCUUCCAGCUUUUGUACAUCUGAAGUAUCUUCACGUCACCUUCGUCUAACGAUGGAUGUACCUGGCACAGAGUUCCAGGCCGGCUGCUCCUGGGCUCCUCACCUCCUCACCCACACUCUCCACACAGCAAUCCGCUAUUGUCCGUGACGUUGCUCCUCUGGCUGUAUUAGGUCUUGUUUUCUGGCUGCUUUUAAGGUUUUUCUCUUCAUCACUGUUUUUGAGCAAUUUGAUUAUGAUGAACCUUAUGUGACUGUACUUGGUUUGUUAAGAUUGUUCAGGACUAGAGUUUUCAUCAAAUUGGGAGGCAUUUCAGCCAUUAUUUAUUUAGACGGUUUUUCCGCAUCCUUCCCUUACCACUGGGAGCGGCAAUCACACAAGUACGAGUCUCUCCCAGGUGUCCCGCAGCUCAGUCCGCUCUUGUUUAUUCAGGGGUACUCCCCUCUUCUUGUUUUAGUCUGGAUCGUUCUUACUGCUCUGUCCUCCAGUUCACUGUCCUUCUCUUCUGCAGUGUCCAAUUUGCUGCCAGUUCCACGCAGGAUGUUUUACGUUCCUUUUAGUCUCAGCUCUGUAAGCUGAAUUUGGAUCUUUCUGCAUUUCACCGUCUUUACUUCACUGUGUCUCUACUUCACUGUGUCUCUACUCAAUGCGUCCCGCGUCUCCUUUAGCUUUCUGAGCACAUGGAAUACAGUUAUAAUAACUUUUCAAUUCCUAUAAAUAUUCUUGGGCUCUGUUUUGGGAUCCAGUUACUUGGAAACCAUGUGAAACCUUUGGCUCUUGGUUCCUAACUUGGGUCAGGGGCACCAAAGCAGUAUUUAUUCUAUGGCUGGUUACUCUCCCCUGAGUAGACUGGGGGUUCAGCCAGCCUCGAGACACAGCACCCUCUGCGCUAUUCUGAGGGCUCUUGGCACCCUCUACCCCUUCUGCGGGAUCCUCCGUCUCUCAGCUUCCUCAGGUCCACGUGCUGACCAGCACGCUGUAGGAAGCAACGGUUCUGUCCCACGACCUCGGAGUGCCCUCUGCUUGCAGCAGUCCAUUCUGCUGCCCCCCCCACCCCCACAAAUUCCAUCGCCACGGCCACCAGACUCUAACUCCAUCUCCUGAACUCAGGGCCUCUGCCAGACCCUGCAUCCCUGCAACACGACCUGGAAACUCCCCUCAUGCAGCAAACCAGGAAAUCAUUGGACUUACCCUGUUUGACUCUCGUCUAACAGUAAAGGUGCACGUCGGCUCCUGAUUCCUGCUCAUCUCUGAACAAGUGAAGGACAGCCGCAAGUGGGGUGCGUCAUUCCAGAACACUCUGCUGCCACAGUUUUGCACAGGCUCUGCCUUGAAAGAGUUUCAGGGAGGGAAGUAGAAUAAACAAGCCUUGAGUCAGCCACCAUGUCCAGAAGGCCCAAGUGCCACUCUCAAUGCUGUUUUUAAUAAGUUUUCCAAGUUCUGAACAAUGCGGGCAUCUCAGUUUCAUGUUCUGAAAGCCUGGCUCUGAGCUGGAGGCACAAUGGCCCAUUCUCCGCACUCAGUGACCAGGACAGGCUGGCAUUUCUCGCUCGCGCCUCCCGCACGGCUCUUCUCAUCGACCCCCGCCAAAGAAGGGGCCACACUGUCACAGUUAAAAAACCGUGACCCUGACCUGCCAGUCAUGGCAUCGACUUGUGGGUCAGGACCAGCUCUUCAAACUUUUCUGGGAAAGGAUGUCAGGCCGCGCCCCACACAGAAAGAACACUUGUUUGGAGCCACUUGGUUGCAACACAGAAGGAGUCUCUGAGGGGGGUGCUGUUGGCCCAGUACUUGGACGGCGGCCCUGGGGACACGCCUGACCCCCACCUGCCAUGGGAGGAGCCGGCCGCACAGCCCCCCUCAAUCCCUGCGGCCCUCGCCGGGUCCCCCUCAUCCAGGGCUGGUCUCACCAGCAAGACUGCAUCGCAGCCCCUGGGACCAUUUACAGAGAACAAAGUACGCAUCACACAUUCACGAGCCAGUGGUCAGAACAGAGAAGUGGCCCUGCGACCAGAACUGCCUGGGUCACACUCGUUCCCCAAACCCUCCAUGAGCACGGGUGACCCCACUGGGUCUGAGAGGGCGAGGACAGCUGGGGGAGGGCUUUGUGACCAAUGGGCGCAGCUCAGGGCCUGCGGUCACCCUCCCAGUGUCCCCAGGCUGGGAGGCUCCACCCGGGGCUCGCCCCGGCAGCAUCAGUGAGUCUGGGACGGCAGCCCGGUAGGGGAUGGACAUGUUUUUAUUACUUAAAUCUCAGCUGUUUAAAAAUACACUAAACUAGGGGGCCCCUAAGUGGCUCAGGGGGUGCACUCCUGACCUCAGCUCGGGUGUCGACCUCAGGGCCCCGCGUUCAGGCCCCGUGCUGGGCUCUGCUGGGCGUGGCGCCCACUUAAAAAAAAUACGCCAGAGCUAGCACGAGGCCCUCAGCUCACUACUGGUCCCCAGCGCCUACAGUGCCACUUAGUGAGUCAACAAACAAGAAAUGAACGGACUCACUUCGUAGCAGAAGUCUACUUUUGAGUGAAAAUACGGCUUCAGAGUGUGAAAGUCAGAGGAGCAUGGGAAGCGCCCUGGCCGAAGCCUCUCGCAGGUGCCUCCCCUCCCUCCUCUGGGGCGUCAGUGAGGUCGGUGAGGUCGGUGAGGUGGCACCCAGGACACACGCUGCCCACCAGCAGGUUGACCUCAGGAGGCUGGGCUCACCUCGGGCCACAGACCCGAGCAACAGAGCAGAUGUGGGGAAAAUAACCCACAAAUGCUGCAGAUGCCUGGAAAUACGUCUGCAUGGCAUGGGCUCCGUGGCGCCCGGUCUCAGCCUGGAGAGGCCUCGGCCCUGCACCAGGCGGUUUCCAAACGCCUUCGCACGCGGGUUGUCUCUCCACCUGCUUUCGUCCAUUUCUCUACUUUUACGCCCUGCUUUUGUCAUCUGCACAGAUUUUUAAAAUAGUACCUUCUGCAGAACGGAAUGUUUUUGUUUCUAUUCGUGGUUCUGGCAACAUUCCUCAGAAAGUCCUGACACCUGUACCUCUGCAGACCCUGCUGCUUCCUGGGGCGCCUCCCCCUAUCUGCGAGGUGCAGGCCACCCGGUGCACCUGGGGGAGCAGCCAAGCCCAGCCCCUCCGGGCCUGCUCCUCCCUUCCGGGCUGGCUGGGCAGGGCGCCUCACCAGAGACGUGCACCCUGGGACUGUUCUCAGGAGCACGUAAGGGGAGGCCGCAGGUCGGGGCACUGUCCUAAGCCGGCAUGUGAGCGCCCUGCACCUGACCCGAGACGCCCCCAGCCCUGCAGGUCCCUUACCUCGGCAAGGCCCCCGUGCCUCCCGCACGCAGCACCCAGGGCCGUGCGAACGGACAGCUGCUCUCCUCCCCUUGGCAGACGGCGGCCCCAGGCUCCACAGGUCCAGGAGCCCGCCGGGCCAGGUCGCAGCCAGGGUGACACGCUCCCUAGGGCGAGGUGCACCCGUGGGGAGAAUGGUGCCCAGCGCUCAGGGAGGGUGCCAGCAAGGCCUGUGUGGCCUGGACUGCCGGGUCCUGCUCCCACUCAGAGCCUCGCAGCCUCGCCUCCAGGAGAGCACAGCACAGCGCGGACGGGGAGCGUGUGGCGACCCCAGGAGUCCUUGGCUAAGAUCUGGCAGCUGCACGCACGUCCACCCCCAUGGACCCUCACCCCGUGCGGCGUGGCUGUCCUGCCCGCCCCUUCAGGAGCCGACCUGCAGCCUGGUGGGGCAGCCAGCGGCCUUGGGCCUCCAGCUGCACCCCCACCCCGGGGCAGCUGCUCGCUCCUUUCCACCCCACGCUGCAGGAAGUUCCGGGCACGAGUGGGCGACGAGGCUCUUGAUUCCAACUUCCUACACCAGCCCCGGAACAGAAGACGCUCUGUGCCGGCUCCUGACGGGGGCUGUUGGGAGAACGAGCCCCAGGAAGCUGCAAUCUGCUCCUGGUGCCCAGCAACAUGCGUCACUCUGCGCCCGGCGCCCCCGCCCAGCGUCCACGGCGUCCACAGCCACCACGGCGUCCACAGGCCAGCAGCCGCACCCGCAUGCUUCUCCCCCCUCACCAGGCACAAGCUCCAAGCCCCCUGCCCCCUCCAAGCCCGCCCGGAAUGACGUCCACGCCCGUGUCCCGGCGGGGGCGGUGACUGCAGGCAGCCACACAGCCACAGCCUCUGGGCGCCCUCGGCCCGGGGACACGGAGCCCAUCUGCAUUCCCGGUUCUCGGUUCUCGCUGCGUCCAGACAGAAAACCUCCCAGGAGGCGGGCCUGCCGGUCCCGGCCUGCGCCACGGGCACGGGCACCAGCCACUCUCGGAGGCAAGCAGGCACCGUCCCCCCGCGCGGGGCCCGGGCCAGCUGCUACCCCCACUCGCGCUCCAAGAGCCUGUGUUCUAGGACAUCAGCUGCCGCCUCUCCCCACGGGGGAAAGGCCAGCAGACAUUCCCACCACCGCCGCCAAGUCUGCCGAUUGCCGUGAACAGAUAAACCCACGCAGCUGAACGGAGCCCAGCAAAGAGGCGAUUCACUGGGGAAAUGGGGUGUCCUGCGGCGGCUGCCGCGGGCCCGCGUCUGUGCGGCGGGCAGGCUCCCCACGGGCCCGAGGGGAUCACGAGCAGCGUGAAGUUCCAGGCCAGCGAAGUCACACCUCAGAAAUGGGAGUAAAGGGAUCCCUGGGUGGCGCAGCGGUUGGGCGCCUGCCUUUGGCCCAGGGCGCGAUCCUGGAGACCCGGGAUCGAAUCCCACAUUGGGCUCCCGGUGCAUGGAGCCUGCUUCUCCCUCUGC